AUGCCUCCACGGAAGCGUAAGGUGCAACCGGUGCUUUCGGCCAUUGCGGAAGACGCUGAGGCAAAGAGCAGCAAACCAAUCGCUACGAAAAAUGGGGACGCAAUCAUGCAAGACAGCCAAAUGAGCGAAAUAGCUCAGGUCCACGCCGUUGCUCUGGUUGGAAGUCCCGACGAUCCUGACAGCGUGGAUGCAGCUCGCGUUGUAGCGUCGAGCGUUGCAGCGAUGACGGCGGCGGGGGCCCCGCAACCCAUGGACAUGGCCGGCCCCAGCUCUUCAGUGCACGUGGGGAAACAGCAGCGGCAGCCUAAGUCACAUCAGGCACAGCCUCAGCAUCAGGAUCAGCAACUGGUUGCAAGCAACCCACAUACGCAGCAGGAGCAGCAACAUGUGCAGGAGGAGCCGGAGAAGACAAAAACUGGGCAAGAGAUGCAGCGGCCAUCCUGCAGCACAGGGGGCGCCAAGGCUCCCGCUCUCAGUCCCUCAAAACUGGCGCCGGAAGUGGCACGGAUGCCACCUCCACCGCCGCGGCCUCCCUUGGCAGCGGUAAACCAGGCCCCCCGACUGCCCAUGGCCAACGAAGUGUUCUAUUCGGCCAACGGCUCCCCGAUCCACAUCGGCCAGGUGGCCGUUGGAGCGAAUGCAGCCACUGGGGUUGUUGCCCCCUGUUACUUACCAGAUGUAGCGCCAGAGGGGGGGACCAGCGGCGCCGCGCCACAGUCAAUGGUGACUCUGCCGGCGUGUAAGGUCCGCCGGGUGGCUCCUACACGCGGCCGUGGCAAGCAGUCUGCACGUGUAGUCACUGUGACUACGCAAGAUGGGAAGAGCUUCACGGUGGACGAUCUCAACGGCUUGGCGGCCGUGCCGCAGGCGUAUCGCGCCGAGGUGCGGCGUCUUGUGGAGGCGGAUCUGCAGCAUCUCAGCGCAAUCGCGCAGUCCAUGACCCUGGAGCAGGAAAACUGUAACGUCGCAGCGGCCAGCGGCGCGGCAAGCACCUCGCAGCCCAAGCGGCGAAGAUAGCCACUCUGCAUGCUCGGCUGUGCUCGUGCUUUCGGUCAGGCUCUUUUAUCUACCAGUGCUGGGAGCUGCAGCCAGCAUCUAGGGGCACGUAGGGCCAUAUGUACGCACACGAUGACUGUGUACCAUAUGCUUUUGCUUGAGGACAAGGAUGGGAGCUGCGGCCCUGCAGAAUUUGGGCUGAUCUGCCUGCCUGUGCUGAUGUAAUUUUUCUGCACUG